UUGAGCAAUCCUGACAACAUAAAGCAUUCAAAGCUUAAGCCACGAGAAAGGUAGCUCAAUUUGAUAUGACUCAUGUCCGGAACGGAGAACAGUUCUUAGGUUUUGCAUAACGAAAAGAUCACAGAAACGCAUUUCCAGAUUGUGCGAGAGGGUAAGGCCGUGUCUGGAGACCACAGCGAAACUCUGAACCAAAAGCUACUUUCUAAAAAUUCACGUUGCGAGGAAGGAUCUUUCAAUUUCCUCCCAAAGUUUAAUGAUUCAUCAAGGAAUCCAGCUUGUAAAGAGACUACCCUGAGUAAAAAUUAAUCCAUCUCCAACUCGUGAAAGUUGUUUCACACACUCGGACUGUUGACAAAGAACUUUCCUUUUACCCGAGUAAACUGUCCCAUUCAUUUGAAAAGCUGCGGAUUCGUGCAAACCAAAGGCGGUAGAGUGGAAACGGAGGGUAAAGAAAAUCCAAGGAAAAUAUCAAAGAUUGGAAUUGAAGACGAAGAAGAAACAAUGAGUUACCAGACAAUGAGUUAACAGAUAAUGCAAUGAAGUCGGAAGGCAAGAGAACAGGUCACAUGAACACAGCGAAAUUCUCACUUUUAUGUAAGAGACGAGGUAAGGAUGGCAUUUUUCCUUGUCUAAAGAAUAUCGGGAAACUACUUAUCUGACUGCACAACAGCAUAUCAAUGAAACAUGGAUCUGACCUAAGAACCAAGGCUGCUCAAAUUGCAAAGAAAUACUUGAAUGUCUAAAAGCAAGAGUUCUCUUGUAAAGUGAAUUUCAUUGGAAAGGGAACAGGAGGGAUUGAAUUGGACCACUGCCAAUUUUUUUUUCUGUCUGUGUUUGCUAUGGCUUUCCAUUGGCAUAUCACUAACUCCAGGCUGGGAUUAUUUACGUUUGUAACUCUUUCCUGCUUUCAAUGGUCUUCAGCUAUACAAAACUGUUCCAGGAAGCAGAACAAUUUCAAUAAUGUCUCUGAAACUCAAUACAGCAAUAAACUCCAUCUGGUUUCUGGAACAACAUUGGCUCUUUAUCAAAUUGUGCACAACUUCCUUGAUAUGAUUCAACCAAACCCUUUUCCAUCAGAUUUAGUCAACACACUCAUUCAAAAUGCUGCAAGUCUACAACACAACUACGUAAAGGUUCUGAAGUACGAGGUUGGCUUCAUUGUUUGUGCAGCCAUUGGAAUUCUCUUCUUCCUCCUCAUGCCCUUGGUUGGACUUUGUUUCUGCUGCUGUCGGUGUUGUGGGAACUGUGGAGGAAAGAUGUACCAGGAGCAGAAAACAUCAAUGAACUGUAGAAGGAGGACACUAGCAGCCAUCUUGCUUAUGGUUACAACUGUGAUUCUAGGAGGAAAUGUCUGCAUGUUUGUCAGCAAUGAAAACAUUUCAGAAUCCUUACAACAUAGUGAGAACUUACUGGAAAACACCCUAGGCAACCUGAAGAUUUACAUUAAUUCCAUCCCAAAACAAAUUACAACCAUUACUGAUGCCAGUGCAAUACCAAUAGCUAGUGUCUCAGCUAACCUGGACAAUAUAGGUUCAAGUCUUGGUGAAGCAGUCGUGAAGAAGCUGGGUGAAAUCAUAUACCCUUCAUUGAGUUCAGCAUCUCAGCUAGCACAAGUUAUCACUGAGAUGAAUGAAAAACUGGUGCUUAUAAAUUCGACAGCAGCAACACUGCUACAUCAACAGGAGGUUCUCCAGAAGAAUUUGACUGUCAUCCGACAAAACAUCAACAGAACAUUCCAUACGUGUGGUUUACAAUGUGUCAGCAUCCAGGACAUUGUGAAGGAUCUUGAGUUUGUUGCCAACUUUACAAUGGUUCCUAAUAUGGACAAGGAGAUAAAUGCCAUGAGGCAAAUUGUAGAUGCCAACUUUUAUUCCAUUGUACAGAAGGGUUAUAAGGAGUUCAAUGAUACACCAGCCUUGCUCGUCAACCAGUCAAUUAGCUCAGUGUCAGAAAUAAAGAAAUACUUGAAGAAUAUUGAACACCUGAUACAAAAUAUCACACAGACAUUUCCAUUAUUAACCUCACUAAAAUCAAUAAACAGCACGCUAGAUCUCGUUGAUAGCAAGAUAAGUGAAUACCGCCCGAAGAUCCAACAAGGCAAUGAAUACAGGUGGAUUGUCGGGAUUGCGCUAUCCUGUAUCAUUCUCCUGGUUGUUGUGUGUAAUUAUCUGGGGCUUCUACUGGGAACAGCAUACCUCAAACCUAAUGUGAAUCCCACCGAACGGAGCGUAUUGUCCAACUGUGGGGGGAAUUUCCUCAUGGCGGGAGUCGGCUUCAGUUUCAUCUUCUCGUGGCUCUUGAUGCUGCUUGUCCUUAUCAUGUUUAUUGUGGGUGGAAAUGUCUAUUCGCUGGUUUGCAAACCCUGGUAUGACAAUGAAAUUUUUCAGGUAAUUGAAAGCUCAGGGCUGAUGGCUGAAUUUAACCUGGCAGAGAUACUUGGAUUGAAGAAUACCUCCCUGAGCAUCCACAAAACCUACAAUGACUGCCAAAACAACAAAUCUGCAUGGAAGGCCUUGCAACUAGGGAAGAACUUCAACCUGGAUGAAUAUUUGAACCUGAGUAAGUAUACAGGGGACAUAUCAAGUACAUUUGAUAAACUGAAUGUCAAUUUAUCAGGAAUUACACUGCUGGAUCAGAACGGCAGGACGACUCUGAAAGAUUUCUUCAACACCGGAAUUGAUGAUCUAAAUUUUACUAGCAUCUCUGAGCAGCUGGAGAUGCCAUUAUUUCAGCAGGAACUGCACAUCACUGUCGGGAAAUUACAAAAUUUCUCAAAGAGCACGGUGGACCCAGUCAAGACCAAACUGAACAAAGAGGCAGCAAGCCUGAAUGACUUGAACAGCUGGAUCCAGACCAACAUGGUGCCAAACAUUGAAACGUUGAAAGAAAACAUUGAACAUCUUCAGAGAAACACUUCACAUGUUGAGGUAAUUGUAAAUAUCACCUUAUUGAAGAUAGAUUCUGCACAGACUAUGAUUCGCACAAAAGCCUCAGACAUUGUUAAAAAUGAAUCCAAGAUGUUUCUGGAUUGUCAGCUUGAAUAUUUCAGCUACUAUGUGAAUUGGACCAAGAUAAUGAUUACACAGAAUAUGGCUCAGUGCAGACCUCUAGCAGAUGUCCUGGAUUCUGCAGCAAUAAUUGCAUGUUCAUACCUUUUGGAUUCAUUGAACGCUUUCUGGUUUUGUGUGGGCUGGAGCACCAUAUUCCUGGUUCCAAGCAUCAUUUUUGCAGUCAAGCUGGCCAAAUUCUAUCGUCGCAUGACAACUUCAGAUGUGUUCGAGAAUGGUGACUGUCACAUGGAAAUGGGGCCACUGCAUAAAUAAUUCAGCCUUUCUGAAAUCAGACUUUGAGAUUUUAUUGAGACACUAAAGAUUACGGCUGUUGCUGACCAUCCAAUGUGUGGGAAAAUAUGGAUCAACGAACGAUACUAGUGGAGCCCCUACGAAAUUCAAUAUUGCCAAUGUCUACUUAAUUGAAAUUCCAACAUAAGUGGUUUGAAUGCAGUUUUAUAGAAAUGUACAAUACAGGUUUUGACCGUGCUUUGUUCCCUAAAUAUCACUUUCUGAAACUACAAGUCUGAAUUUUUCCAGUUGGAGUUCCCUUGCACUGUAGUACGUAAGCAGCUCUUAUCAACAUUACAAUGUUCCUAUGUGAUUCAACAAAGAUAACUUUUCACUCCUUAUCCUUCUGCGGGUCUUGAUGUAGUUGACCAUGUCAUCCUGCUAUAACAUCUCAAGUGAAUGGCACUGCACUCAUUUGGCCCCGUUCUGAUCUAAGCAGUUGCAAUCUCUUCCUGCUAGAACAAUGUUAAGGGGAAAUUUGGGUGUGACAUGAAUUAAUCUGUAAAUUGACAUAAAGUCGCAGCUAGAAUUAGAAUGAGAUAAUGUUUUAGUUAACUUCAUAAGCAAUAAUAAUACAAAGCAUCUAAGAUUGAUUUUCAUUUAUUUGAGUCAAUAAAAUUAGUUAAACUACAUAAACAGCAGACAAAGUUUCUUUGAACAUGCAAUGUGGCUGAACCAGCACCUUAUUUGGAAUGGAAUGUGAGGGUGAGACCGUACCACAUCGAGAUAGAUGAAGGAAUUGAGUUUAGUCAAGGAACAAAGAGCAGGCUUCAGAAAAGAAGAUCCCCUAUCUUCCCAGGUGCCAUUGUAUGGUGAUACCUGCCAAUUUUUGAAAUGUGUGAAAAACAAGGUGUUGGUCUAAAACAUACCACUUUGAAAUUCGAGUGAUGUAUUGUCUAUGUGAUUCAAUGCACAGAUAUCUGAUGAACCCUGGUUGAUCUUUUCUGGGCUGGACUCUCCCAAUAAAAACGGAAAGAAUUGCUGAUGCAGUGAAUCAGGAACAAAAACAAAGUUCCUGAGCUCCCCCAAAUUUUGACUCAAGAAAUGAUCAUUGAUCUUGAGGCACCAGAGAUUACUUCUUAAAAUAAUCUACUACAACAGUAGCACUUCACUCCGUGAAGGAUCUAUCCUCCUUUUAUGUUGCCCCCAGCAACAUAAUCCAAAAAUACAAUAUUAGCUCCCACAUGCAUGCUGAUAACACUUAGCACUACCUCAGUGGCAGGCAACUGGAAACUUGGGUUCACUCUUGCUGUCAGAACAUAGGUGUUCUGCAAAGCAGUUAUCCAGUCUGUGUUUCGUCUCCCCAAUGUAAAGGAGACCACAGUGUGAGCAGUGAAUGUAAUCAACUGUAUCGAGUGAAGUACAGGUAAAUCGAUACUUCAACUAAAAGGAGUGCCUGGUACUUUGGAUAGUGAGCCGGGAGGAGGUAGAUGGGUAUGUGAUGCACCUUCUAUGAUUGGGAAAGUGGCACGGCGAAUUGGGAAGUUUUGGAUUCCGGGAGGAGUGGACCAGGGUGUCACAGAGAGAAAUAUUCCUGUGGAAUGCUGACAAGGGAAGGGAGGGAAUAUGUGUCUGGUGGCAGAAAUGGCAGCUUAUCAUCGAGUGGAAUGUGAGGAGCAGGAAUCCCUAUUGUGGCUAGCGGAGGGGAGAGAAAGAAUGAGGGCAGAAAUGUGGGAGUUGGGUCAGACAUGGCUUAGGGCCUUGUCAACCACGGUAGUGAGGAAUCCUUGGUCGAGGUAAGAAGUUUCUGAGGCCCCUUCCCACUCCCCCAUAGUAGGUGACAUCACCAGAACAUAUGCGACCGAGACAGAGAAACUGAAAAAAUGCCUCUGCAUCCCCUUGACUACACGUCCUCAUCUCCUGCUUCGUGUAAGAAUUCCAGAUCAUUCUCCCAGUUUCUCUGCUUCCAGUUACAUGCCACUUCAACACACUACUGUGUGCCAUGCCAACAUUUCAGUCUCAGGUCUGCUGCAGUGCUCCAGCGAGACUCAACACAAGCUGGAAGAACAACAUAUCAUCUUCUGCUUGGGGACCUUACAACCUUCAGGAUUCAACUUUAAAUUUAAAAAUUUUAGAGCAGGAACAUCUCUUCUUUGUCUAGUGUCUACCUCUAUAAUCCCAGGACCUGUAUGAAAUGCGUCACUUUCAGUACAGCCAACCCAUUUUCAACUACUCAUAGCUCCCAUUGAUAUCUAUCUAGUUUCUCUUUUUCCCUGGUUUACUAUCAAUAAUCUCUUUGUCUGUCUACCCUUUUUUCUCUUUCAUUCUCUGAGCUCUGUCUCCACAUAUCCGCUCACUCCUUAUCCCUGCCACCGCCAACACCCACUGCCCCACCCAAACCCUCUUUCAUCAGCAUAAAUAUCAACAUUUCUUUCCUACAAUCUGUUCUGAAGAAGCGUCACUGGGCUGCAAAUGUUGACUCUGUUUUCUCUUCAUUUUAAUUAUUCUGAUCCAGAGGCUGUGAUUUCAGCCGCCAAGUGCGACAAUUCCCUUCUUAAAUCUCUCUCACCACUCUCUCCUCUCCUCCCUCUCUUUAAGAUCUUUUGAAAAUUAAUCAAGCUUUUGGCCUUCUGUCCUAAUGUUGCUGCCAAUUUUUUUGAUAAUGGGGUUCUGUGAAGCUGUUUGGGAUGUUUUGUUCUGCUAAAUAUGUGACGUAAGUACAAACUGUUUGUUAUUUUAGUUCAUGUAAUAAAAUAUCUGAAACCAAUGACACAAAA